CCGAGCGGUGGCGGCCCGAGCGGGCCCCGGCGGCGCUGAGCGCGGAGAGCGCGCUGCCUGCAUGCGUGCAGCUCUGGCCCGCGGUGGCCGAGGCGGCGGCGCCGGAGCCCCAGGCUGCUGGCCACCGAGAGGAGCGCGGAGCCGGGCAGACGUCCCAGGUCCCCGCAGGAGUGCGGUGACCGUCUAAAGCCGGGUGCGUCGCCGAGACCCGGACCUACCUCCUUUGAAUCUCCCCGCGUCCCGGCCAGGCGGGAGACUCUGGUUAUUUGCUAAGGCACUUCGUGGAUCCGAACGUGGCUCGGCUCGGAGCACGCCCGGCGACCUGUAGGACUCCAGCCCUGGCCGCGGCCACGGCUCGCGGCUUUGGAGGACUCGGCUGGGUAGGGGCUCGCGGGUGUCGGUGUGUGCGGCGCGCGGGCCGGCCGGAGGUUGCUUUUGGAGGAGGGCCGGUGGAAAGGUGGUUGGGGAUUUUCUGUGAAGCAUGGAGGAGAAUGAUUCCAAGCCCAGCGAGGCAGCGGCGGAGGCGCAGAGGCAGCCGGAAUCCAGCCCUGGCGGCGGCUCCGGUGGCGGUAGCAGCCCUGGCGAUUCGGACACCGGCCGCCGGCGGGCUCUGAUGCUACCCGCCGUCCUGCAGGCGCCGGGCAACCACCAGCAUCCGCACCGCAUCACCAACUUUUUCAUCGAUAACAUUCUGCGGCCUGAGUUCGGCCGCCGAAAGGACACGGGGACGUGCUGUGCCGGUGCGGGCGGAGCGAGAGGCGGCGAAGGCGGCGCUGGCGGUACAGAGGGUGGCGGCGGCGCAGGCGGAGCCGAACAGCUCCUGGGGUCCGGCGCCAGGGAAUCCCGGCCGAACCCAGCGUGCGCACCCAGCGCCGGAGGGCCGCUCUCCGCCGGUGGCGGCGACUCUGCGGCUGACGGAGAAGGCGGCUCCAAGACACUUUCGCUACACGGCGGGGCUAAAAAAACCGGCGACCCAGGGGGUUCCUUGGAUGGGGCGCUCAAGGCCCGAGGCUUAGGCGGCGGUGACCUGUCGGUGAGCUCCGACUCGGACAGCUCUCAAGCCAGUGCCACCCUGGGCGCGCAGCCCAUGCUCUGGCCGGCUUGGGUCUACUGCACGCGCUACUCUGACCGGCCUUCUUCAGGUCCCAGGUCCCGAAAACCAAAGAAGAAGAACCCGAACAAAGAGGACAAGCGGCCGCGCACGGCCUUCACUGCUGAGCAGCUGCAGAGGCUCAAGGCGGAGUUUCAGACCAACAGGUACCUGACAGAGCAGCGGCGCCAGAGCCUGGCGCAGGAGCUCAGCCUCAACGAGUCUCAGAUCAAGAUCUGGUUCCAGAACAAGCGGGCCAAAAUCAAGAAAGCCACGGGCAACAAGAACACUCUGGCAGUGCACCUCAUGGCACAGGGCCUGUACAACCACUCCACCACAGCCAAGGAGGGCAAGUCGGACAGCGAGUAGGGCGAGCAAGCAGGGCGGGCGGUCUAGGGCCGCGCGAAACAAUGCAAUAAUUUAAAAACCGUGAACAAAGGGCCAGUGUAUAAAGAUUAUACCAGCAUUAUCUGUGAAAAUCCCGUGUAUUAGCUAUGGUUCUACAAUAAUCUAUGUACAUAUAAUUUACAGGUGGUGUAAAAUCCAAAAUAUCUGACUAUAAAAUAUUUUUUGAGUUUUUUGUGUUUAAGAGGUUAUGCUAAUUUUAUGUUAUUAUUAUUCUUUCUGCAAAGGGGGCUGUUUAGGGUUUCAGCUUUUUCUUUUUCUUUUUUCUUUUUUAAUCCCUUAAGCUCCAUUAUGGGACAUCGGACACUUUUUUUUUUUUUCGAAAGAAAAAAAAUUAAAACAACUUGCUAAAGUCCAAAGAUUUUUAUUGCUGCAUUUCACAGGACUGUGAACCGAAUAAAUAGCUCCUAUUUGGUCUGUGGGCUCUGCCGCUUGCUUUGUGCUGGCUUGGGAGUGCUGUAGGAAGUGCAAGCCUGGUGAUGGAGAGCUCUGGGCUUCCGUGGGGAGAGAGGACGCAGUUUUUUGGCUGAGGUCCGAGGAAGUCCACGCAGGCCCACAGCUCUCCAGGCACCUCUCCAUGCUGCCUCCUACUGUCUCUCCUCCCAACCACCUCAGAGGCCCGCGCUGGCCACCACCGUAUGUCUGCUUCUGUGUCGCUGAUCCCUGUCCUGCCACAGCCCCGUAGCGACCUGCCAGCGCCAACUCUUCCACCUUGAACACUGUGGGGAGCGCUUGGGGUCUAGGAAAAAGGGGAACUGUGACCUGAAGGCUUGAAGGCUUCGCUGCUGCGGGGACAGCUAGCCCUGACCCAAAAGCCCUACCGAGAUCAGCUUCAGGGCCUGGCAGAGCGAGUUGGUAUGUCUUCCUUUCCUUUUUCCUCCCUUUUUCUUUCUCCCUUAUUUUUGAGUGGUGAAUACAUGUAUGUGUACAUACUCGUGUAUGCAUGUGCACGCAUACCCCAGGCCUGUGUGAAGCUGGGGUUCUGGAGCUUGCGGCUACCUUGACUCUCAAAGGAACUCGGAACCCUCCUGAAUCUAGAGGAAGUGUGUAAAUAAUCAUUUCUUAUCACUUUUUGUCUUUUUUUGUUUUGUUUUGUUUUUUAAAGAAAAUAUACAUUUUAUUUUUUGAAGGUGUGGUACUGUGUAAAUUAAAUAUAUUCAAUAUAUCCCUCACCAAGUACAUAUAUAUAUAAGCAAACACAUUAUAUAUAACUCCACACUGUCUUCUGUUUAGUGUAUGGGAAAAGGUGUCCAAAUGCCCACCUGGGGCCAGCCCAGAGGCCCAGGGGUGUUCUCAGCUGAGCUGGGAGUCAAGCUGCCUGCUGAGGACUGACGGUGGAUUUCUCUCUUUGCCUUAAACCUCUUUAUUUCACUGCGCCAAUACUUUCACUUUGUACAUAUUAGUGCCAACCUUCUGAAAAGGAAGCUAUAAAAACAAAAGUUGUAAUUUAAAAGUCUGUGAACAACCAUUUGCUGCUUGGGAAUCGGUGAAACGACAUGCCUUUUAGCAGGAAGCAAAUCUGUCCUUUUUUAAGUUUAUAAGAUGUGCAUUUUACAGUAUCAAAUAUUUAUAAUCUUAUGAGAAAUGGAUGAAUGUUCCCUACCUACAACUGUGGUUAUCAAAAUUGUGAACAUUCCCACCCGUGCAUUUUUGUGUGUUCAAAUUCUUGAAAGUUACAUUAAAUAAAAAGAAACGACUCUUUAUUAUAAAA